AUGCACGCGCAGCUCGACGCGAUCGAGGCGACGCUGAUGAAGACGCGCGAAGCGAUGCGCGCCAUGGAGGACGUGAUGGAGGCGCAGUUUAAGGCGGUGUGGGCGAUGCGGAAGCUCGCGGCGAAGCCGGGGGUCGCGCGCGACGCCGCCGCCGCGGACGCCGCCGCGGAGGAGGAGGCGGCGUCGGCCGCGACGCCGCGGCGCACGUGCGGCGCGGAAGCGCCGAGCGGCGACCGCGACCGCGGCCGCGGCGCGCGGAGGAGGACGAAUUCGGAUUCGAAGGCGCCGCUGUACCGCCGCCGAGACGCGUCGACCGGCGGCGCCACCGUCGCGAAACGCCGCGACGCGUGGCACGACCGCAUGCGCUUGAUGUCCGCGGUGCAGGUGGACGGCGACGUCACCGCGCUCGGGAUCAUGCCGCAGCGCGGCGAGAACAAGAUCGCGCGGUACUUCGUCGCGGGGGACUCGAAAGGGAAGCUCUUCGCGUUUCGCCCGGACGGCGACCUGAUGCUCGAGUCGUCGGCUUCGAACGCGGCCGUGACGUCCAUCGCGACGAUGCCGGUCAGACGGAACGAGACGCUGGUCGUCUCCGGUCACGCGGACGGUCGCGUCGUGUUUCAUCGCGUGCGCGAGAGCGUGCACAGGGACGACCCGUUGGUGUCGGAUCAGCUCAACGCGUUGUCGUCGGAGAUAUUCGCGACGGCGGACGCGUCCUCCGCGACGCCCGCGGCGGCCGCGGCCGCGGGCGUGGACGCGAACGCGAACGCGAAACGCCGCGCCGCUUCGUAUUCUUCUUCCGAUGCCGCGCCCGCUGGCGAGGAGGAGGACGAGGACGCCAACGCGCCGGUCCCGAGGGGGAGGACGACGCGCGGCGACGGGAGGGCGGUGACGCGCGUGGAGACGUAUCGAUUCGGCGCGGUCUCGUUCGUCGCCGCGUCGCGCGCGGACGGCGCCGUCGUCGUGUACAAAGCCCACGACGGCGCCCUGCACGCGGUGUUCCCCCCGGAACGCGGCGACGAGCGCGUCGUCGCGUUCAAGCAGGGCGGCAGGAAGGUCAUCUCGUGGCUCACGUCGACGCGCGCGGUGGCGGUUGAUCCGAUCACGUUGGACCGCUGGUCGACGACGUGCGACGACGCGCGAGGGUUCCACCGCGACGGCGACGGCGACGGCGACGGCGACGGCGACGGAGACGCCUCCUCCUCCUCCGCGCUGCUGCGCGCGAAGUUUGACGUCGUCGCGACCGCGAAGUUCUACGCCGUCUCCGAGCGCGGGAGCUUAGUCUCCGGGUGGAUGACCGCGGAGCCCGGCAGGGUCGCGUGCGAGCGACGGGGCGAACGCGCUCUGACGGGCCUCGACGUCUGGCGCGGCGGCGGCGCGAGCGUCGACGGCGCCGCCGUCGCGGUCGCGACGAUCAAGGGCUACGCGUUCAUCGCGACCGCGACGGACGUCGCCGCGGUGAACGUCACGUCGACGGGUCGGAGGACCCACCCGAGGGACGCCGUCGGGUCGGACCUGCCGUCGCUCGCGCGGAUGUUCGGGCGGGACCUCGCCGGCGGGUCCGGGUCCGGGUCCGGGUCCGGGUCGGACGACGGCGACGGCGACGACGACGGCGGCGCGCCCGCGCUCGGUCCCGGGCUAGUCGCGAGCAACCGCGGUCGGCUGGUCGUCGUCGCGUUCCCCGACGGCCUCGUCGCGUCGUACGAGAGCGAUUUAUUCGUCAGGGACCGCGCGGCUGAAGCGGGCGGCGGGACGCUGUGGGGCAACCCGCUGUUCGCGAUGGCGAUGCUCGCCGUCGCGGCGUAUCAGUACUACAGGAAGAAGACGGACUACCCCGGCGUCGGCGGCGGGCGCGGGGACCGCGUCAGCGAGGAGGAACUCGCGCGGUUUGAGGCGGAGUACUCGCGUCGCGGCGGCGUCGACGGGCCGGACGCGGACUCGGGCGCGUUCUAUACACUGGUCCCCAUACGACCCCGUUCGCGUGGUGAACGCCGAUCCUUAAGGACUUUUCCCGGCGCAUCUCUCCGCCCAGGGUCCCUCGCUUUCAAUCCCGACACACCUCGACGCCUUUCAACUCCGCUUCUGACGCCUGUGAACUCCACCCCGACAUCGCUUUGUAUGGAACGGCCCUCAGAGGUAAGCGGGCACACGGAGAAGACGUUCCGCGCGGCGAUGGCGCGGCCGGGGUAUCACGACUUCGACGCGAAGACGUUCAGGGAGGAGAUGACGCGGAGCGGACGGUGGGGCGGUGACGAGAAGAAGAGCGAGUAG